AAAAGUAAAAUUUCCUUUGCUGGACCAAGCUAUGAAGUUAUGGGUUGAACAGGUUGUCAAUAAUAGGUUAUUUUUAACUGAGGUGAUUAUUAAAGAGAAGGCUGCUUAUUUUUUUAAAGCUUUAUCACUACCUGAUAAUGAAAUGAAAUUCUCUAAUG